AUGCGUCGUUUUAAUUCUGAAUGGUUUGAUGAUGGAUAUCCUGAUUGGUUGGAGUAUAAUGUUAGCAAAGAUGCAGUCUAUUGUUUGUAUUAUUAUCUAUUUAAAGGCCAUAACACUAAUCAAGGUGGGGGUGAAGUAUUUUCAACUAUCGGGUUUAAGAGUUGGAAGAAAAAGAAGAGUCUUGGAAACCAUAUUGGUCUACCGAACAACCCACAUAACCAGUCAAAAAAGAAAUCUCAAGAUUUAUUGCGGCUACAACAGUCUAUUCAAUUUGCACUUGGAAGGCAAUUUGAUCAAUUUAAGCAUGCGUAUUGGAUUCGCUUAAGUGCUUCAGUUGAUGUAGUAAGACUUCUUAUAACUCAAGGAUUGGCAUUUCGAGGUCAUGAUGAAUCUAAAUCAUCACUUAGUAAGGGUAAUUUUCUUCAAAUUCUCUCAUGGUAUGUGAAAAAGUAUGGUAAAAUUCAUGAUUGUGUACUAGAACUAGAUCCUCAAAAUGAUCAAAUGACUUCUCUAAUGAUUCAGAAAGAUAUUGUGAGUGCUUGUAAGAUAGAAACAAUUAAAGCUAUUCUUGAGGAAUUACAUGGUGACUACUUUUCCUUACUAGUUGAUGAGUCUUUUGAUGUGUCACGCAAUUAG